GAAUAAGUGAAAUGGGAAUAUACUCUACUACAAUCGUUUCUUCUCUCUUUGUAUCAUUCCUGCUGUUUUCCUCUGCCUUCUCUGAGCGCAAUGAGGGAACGUUCAGAGUUAGUCUAAGAAAACUGAAGUUGAAGGAUAACAACGAUCCACGCCUCAAUAAAGCUUUGAAAGCAUACAAGAGUCUUGGAGGUCCUAAUAAAGAUGUCACUGUUACGCUGAAGAAUUACGUAAAUUCCAUGUACUAUGGUGAAAUUGGAAUUGGUACUCCACCUCAAAAGUUCACCGUGGUUUUCGAUACCGGAAGUUCUAACCUUUGGGUUCCAUCGACGUAUUGCCAAUUCUCGGCUGCAUGCCUAAUUCAUAAGAAAUACAAGGCAACGCGUUCGAGCACAUACGAGAAGAAUGGAAGAGCCGCCUCAAUUAGUUACGCGACUGGAUCAGUCUCUGGUAUUUUUAGUCAAGAUGAUGUCAAGAUUGGUGAUUUGGUCGUCAAGGGUCAGGAGUUUAUCGAGGCCAUAAGGGAGCCUGGUAUCACAUUUGUUCUAGCUAAAUCUGAUGGUAUUCUUGGUCUCGGAUUCGACCAAAUUGCUGUUGGAAAUGCCACUCCUGUUUGGUACAAUAUGUUAAAGCAAGGCCUUAUCAGGAUUCCGGUGUUCUCAUUUUGGCUGAACCGUAACCCGGAGGAUGAAGAAGGUGGUGAAAUUGUAUUUGGAGGAGUUGAUCGAAGUCACUUUAAGGGAACACAUACAUAUGUUCCUGUGAGGCUACAGGGUUACUGGCAGUUUCCUAUGGGUGAUGUUCUCAUGGACGGUAAACCCACUGGAUUCUGCAAAAAUGGGUGUGCUGCGAUUGCGGAUUCUGGGACAACUUUGAUUUCGGGUCCAACGGAUGCUAUUGCGGUGAUAAACCAUUAUAUUGGAGCAACUGGGGUUGUUAGCCACCAAUGUAAAACUAUUGUGAAGAAAUACGGAAAGGCCAUUUUGGAUUUACUUGUAGCUGGGGCUCCACCAAAGCAAAUUUGCGCGUCGCUAGGUAUGUGCAGUUUUGAUGUCAGAAUGGGUAUUGAAUCGGUGGUGAAAAUGGAAAACGGAACAUCGUCAAGUGGUUUGGGGGAUGCACAAUGUACUGCAUGUGAGAUGACACUUGCAUGGAUACAGUAUCAGUUGAGGCAGAACAUGAAUGAAGAGCAAAUAUUGACCUUCAUCAACGCGUUAUGUAAUCGCAUGCCUAACGGCUCAACGGGAAUGUCUGCUGUCGAAUGUACAAAACUCUCGACCAUGCCCACCGUUUCUUUCACCAUGGCAGGCAGAGUCUUUACUCUUUCUCCUGAAGAGUACGUUCUGAAACUAGGGGACAGCGAUCUGGCCAUAUGCAUAAGUGGCUUUACUGCACACGAUGUCCCUCCACCUCGCGGACCUUUUUGGACCCUGGGAGCUGUUUUUAUGGGAAAAUACCACACGGUCUUCGACUUCGGGAACAAGCGAGUUGGGUUCGCAGAAGCAAUGUGAACAAAAACAAAACAAUUGGUGAAGUCUAUACGGUUGUGCUACUAUAUAUCAAGUGUUGUUGUUUGUAAUUUUUUUUAAGAAUCUAUUAAAACAAAGUUCCUUUUACAAUUAUUCAUUUUAUCAUUAUUAAGCUUAUUAAAACAAGUUCUUUUUACAAUUAUUUUAUCAUUAUUA